CCUGUUAUCGCCAUUUGCUAUCGGAAGAUAUAUUGACAAUUUCGUGUGUCAUAACAGUGUUCUGUUUAUUUUGGAUUCAUAUUUGUCAUACGUUUGGAUUAUCUGAAUUAUGAAAUGAAGAUCGUGUGUACAACUAUCUAGAGAGAACAGGAGGAUGAGUUCAGAAAACACAACAGAGUCAAGUGGGGGUAACUCAAGUGUUGCCCCCUCAGUGACGUCAUCCAUCAUCACGAAACUGACAACAUCUAUGGUGUCUGACAUUACGACAGAGCCACUUGUGCCUAAUGGCACUACCAAUGCGACACAUCAACCUCUCAUCUUCCUACAAACCCAAGCUGCUCAGGGAAUUGCUGGAACUUUUGCUGUGGCGGCCAUACUUAUCACAUGUCAUCAGAUUUAUCUUCAUCUCCGCUACUACACUUGCCCCAAUGAGCAGCGAUGGAUCGUGCGUGUGCUGUUCAUCGUGCCCAUCUACUCUUUCGACUCAUUUCUCAGUCUCAUGUUCUUCAACAAUGACAGUUACUACGUCUACUUUGACAGUAUCCGGGAUUGCUAUGAAGCGUUUGUGAUAUACAGCUUCCUGAGUCUGUGCUAUGAGUACCUGGGAGGUGAAGGGGCUAUUAUGUCUGAAAUUCGGGGGAAGCCCAUCAGGUCCAGCUGGUUGUGGUGCACGUGUUGCCUUGCUGGCAGGCAGUACACGAUUGGUUUCCUCAGGUUCUGCAAGCAGGCCACGCUUCAGUUCUGCAUCAUCAAACCAGUGAUGGCCGUCCUGACUCUUAUCCUGCAGGCCUUCAGUCUGUACAAGGACGGAAACUUCUCACAUGGUGGUGGCUACCUGUACAUCACCAUCAUCUACAACAUCUCGGUGUCCCUGGCGCUGUACGGCCUGAUCCUGUUCUACAACGCAACCAAGGAGCUCCUCAGCCCAUACGAGCCAAUCCUCAAGUUCUGCAUCAUCAAGUCCGUCAUCUUCUUGUCCUUCUGGCAGGGUGUUGUCCUUGCUAUCCUUGAGAAGACAGAAGUGAUCAGUCCAAUCUUUGCUGAAGGCAACCAGCUGAAGGUGGGAGUGGGUACGGUAUCUGCAGGCUGGCAAAACUUCCUCAUCUGUGCGGAGAUGUUCAUGGCCGCCAUCGCCCUGCGCUUCGCCUUCCCACACAGCAUCUACAGCUCUGCACCGGCAGCCACCCACGGCCGCACCGUGUCCCUCCAGAGCAUCUCCUCCAGCCUGAAGGAGACCAUGAACCCCCGCGACAUCAUGCAGGACGCCAUCCACAACUUCCACCCCCAGUACCAGCAGUACACCCAGCACGGCAUGAAGCCGCCCAAGGAGGAUGAGUUCAACGAGUCCGGCGCCUGGCCACAUGACCCUUACCAGCGUGGACGACCUCAACAGAACGGAAAUGCUGCCCCUCCACAACCUGGGCAGCAGACCACAGCCACUCCCAACAAGAACCGAUUUAAUGAAAAGACAACCCUUCUGAGUUCUGACGACGAGUUCCAGUGAAGGAUUGAUCGUCUCAAUGGCAGCUGACUGAUAAUGGACCAUUGUGGGCUGGCUGUGUCUGUCAGUUAGGAUAUACUUGGUUGUUAUGUGAAACUCUCCCACAAUUUACAUGUGACUAAACAAUGUCUAUACCAAGCAUGCUCUGUUGGACAUCCUAAUACACCAUAUAUGUGUGUAUGUCUCAUAAGUGUACAUCAUGACAGCUGAGCAAACUAAACGGAACAUGUACUUGCUUAACCAGCCACAGAGCUUAUCAGAGCUAUCAGUAGCCCCAAAUUAUUUUUGCAAAGAAAUUGGAAGUGAAUUUAUCCAAUCUAGAAAGUGAACUGUAUAGUAGCUACAGAUGUUGUGACCACAUAUGCAGUAUCCAUGUCGAAACAAGUAUAAGUGGUGAAUACGAUUUUCUCUUUCAAAGAAAUUUUAGCCAACAUGUCAGUAUAAAGAUCAACAUUUUGAUGGGACUAGAAAUCUAAGUUCAUUGGAUAUAUUGAACAUUCACGUGCAUAUAUGAAUUAAUUAUCUUUAAUAUCUCACCCUAUAAGCUUCAUAAGCUGGACUUGGAAUCCAGCUGCCUAAGCCUCUGUCAUGGAAAUGACAUCCGUAUGUGUUAUUUAUUACCGUUUACUUGGUGUUUGUGUACAGGUCUCUCUUGUAAUGAUUCCAAACAAAUACUAUUUUAUCACCUCUGUGUUGUCGGCUGUAUACUUCUUAGGCUGAAACAAUACGCCACAUGUUUCGCGAUACAAUAAAAUAUCACAUGAUACAUAGCUUCUCUGUUUCAUGUAACAGUAUUAUUGUUAUCUUGAUUUAACAAAUGUUAUCUUGAUUUAACAAAGACUUGUCUUGAUUUAACAAAGAAUUAUUUUGAAUUAACAAAGAAAAGAAGCUUCUUUUUUUCCAAUAUCAUGCUUUCAUGUCUAAUAACCAUGUGACUUUAGGACAACACCAAUACAUGAUGACACUGAAAGAAGGCAAAAUGCUACGGUGAAAAUGCCAAUGUAGAACAGUGUCAGUUGGUAGACCAUAUGAUGUGGAGAAUGAAUCAUAUCAUUAAGUUUGACACGGCAGUGUAUUGGUGAAUUGUCUCAGCCUUUACUGUCUACAUGUGCUGUCACAGUUAGAGGUAUUAAUGCUGAGUUACAAUGCUGCUCGUCCUCUAGAUGCCAGCGUGUUUCUAGGAUGUCUGUUAUCUAGGCUCUAGGCUCUUGUCAUGCAUGAAUUCUAUGGAUAUGUUAGUUGUCAUCCGACUCGGAUGAAUAGCCUGUAGAGUUGGCCAUGAUUAUUUCCAUGUUAGAUUGGACUCUUGUGUUAUGUUGUGCCUGUUAUUUUACUGGACUUUAAUAGUAUAGUUGUGUUACUGGAGGCAGAGUUGUACAUACAAAUGCUAUUUUCUUAAAUUGGAAUGUUAUAUUUUCAUUUAGCAUGUGUUUUAAGGUUGUAAAUUAGAACCUCUAUGAAAAUAUGGCAGUUUCAUUGACAACAAUUUAUUGUAGAUUUAAUACAAGAUGUAAUCUGUGUGGGGCAAAACUUGUACUGUCAUGUUAGAAUCAGUGACAGUCUAGCAUGCACAUAUUAUAGUUAGAGGUCAUUUGGUUUUUUUCAGUCAAUUUUGCUGUAUUUGUUGUUUUGCCAACUAACGAUGGCAAACCUGUGCCAUUGAUUAAUUGACGACAGUAUGUCAUUAACCUGAACACUUCUUUAAUGAGCAUGUCAUAACCAUUGGCAUCAAUGAUGAAUUUAUGUCCUUAAAUUGUAUAUCUCUAGCUUUAUAUCACCAUGACCCUUACAGCAAGAUUCUGUCAAUUACCAGCUUGAUGUAAAUGUUAUAUCCAUGGGUUGCAGCUUUGAUAAGUUCAGGCUGUCACAUACUCAGAUGUGUCAGUUUGCCCAGUGUAGCAGGCUGUCACAUACUCAGAUGUGUCAGUUUGCCCAGUGUAGCAGGCUGUCACAUACUCCGCUGUGUCAGUUUGCCCAGUGUAGCAGGCUGUCACAUACUCAGAUGUGUCAGUUUGCCCAGUGUAGCAGGCUGUCACAUACUCCGCUGUGUCAGUUUGCCCAGUGUAGCAGGCUGUCACAUACUCCGCUGUGUCAGUUUGCCCAGUGUAGCAGGCUGUCACAUACUCCGCUGUGUCAGUUUGCCCAGUGUAGCAGGCUGUCACAUACUCCGCUGUGUCAGUUUGCCCAGUGUAGCAGGCUGUCACAUACUCAGAUGUGUCAGUUUGCCCAGUGUAGCAGGCUGUCACAUACUCCGCUGUGUCAGUUUGCCCAGUGUAGCAGGCUGUCACAUACUCCGCUGUGUCAGUUUGCCCAGUGUAGCAGGCUGUCACAUACUCCGCUGUGUCAGUUUGCCCAGUGUAGCAGGCUGUCACAUACUCCGCUGUGUCAGUUUGCCCAGUGUAGCAGGCUGUCACAUACUCCGCUGUGUCAGUUUGCCCAGUGUAGAAGUAUCCUUAGGGCAGGUAGAACUGUUUUGUUUUCCAAAGUGUGCUCCUGUGUUAUCUUUGUUUGGGUGGUGAGAAAUACGAGAUGUUUUUUCUGCUUUGUGAAUUAGUGACAGAUCCAAGGCAUCCUUGUUACGUGGUGGGUCCUCUGUUGAUGCUGUUUAUGUGUGUCCAUAGCAACCAUUGUUUCUUUGCAGUCAAGGCAGGACGAAUCACCAACUCAGGAUACAAUAUUUGUGUUAUGACUUUUUCAACAUUUGUAUUUAAUUGCUGAUGAAGGGUCUGUCUCGAAAGAUUGAAUAUCAUUUGUAGAGAAUUAGGCAGCUGAAUGUGGGUUGAAAUAAAUGAUAUACAUGGGACAACUAGUUGCCAUGCACAUGGAACGAAAAUAAUCUUUUGAGACAAUUCCUUGAGUAUAUAUGCUUCCUGGUAUGUGCGCAGUUGACAGUGUUUCUCUCCUGUAGACAAGGCUGGUGUUAUCAAUGUUUACUUGCACAUUUAGAAAAAGCUAUAGAUUUGUGAUGUUGUAGAUUAGGAUGCAGUUUUGAUGGUCAAGUUCUCAAUGGUAAAUGCCUGUAUUUCAUUCAGUUAGAUUCCUGAAAGUCUAUCAUUCAUCCUGUUUCUUAACAUUCAGCAAAAGACCAUGUUAAUGGACAUCAAAUCACAUCCAACUGUGAACACCUUUGUGAGUUACUUGCCCCUCACAUGCCAGGGUAACAGGAGAACUGAUGUGUAUCUGUGCCAGUGUUGUUCCUUGUCAGAUGAAGGUCAUCACAACCAAUGUAAGCUUGCCAAAUAGUUUUAUAAUUGAUUCAGAACGCUUUUAUUAGUUGUUGUCAAUCAAAAUUAGUCAGUAAAAAUCAAUAGUAUGCCUGCUACCAUACAAGGCUGUUGACACUGGAAUAUUGUCCCCACAAGGUUGUAAUGACAUUGUGUUACACUGGAUGUCAUUGAGUAGUGCAAGAAUAUAUUAUUUUGGCCUUGUGUAGUAAAAUUCAUUUUGGUCUAGUAAGCCCAGCUAACAAAAGUCCAUGAUGAUGAUGUUAAAAUAUACCAACAAUGAUCCUGAGAACCAAGUUCAGGCCAGCUGACUUAAAGGUUUAAUACACAGACUGUAACAUCUUACAAGUUCAAAAAGACUUACGAAUGGACACAGGUGGUUCCAUGUGCUGCAGUUAUCUCCCUUACCUACCAGGCUGCUUGACAUCGGUUUAAUUCCCACAUUGGUCAAAGUUAUCCUUCUCUGUCAGCAACAAUGAUGCAGUACUCAAUGGUUUAACAAUUGUGUAAAAUGUCUAUAGAUGGCCUCAAAAUGGAUGUGAUGCAGUGAAGUCUAAUAAUGUGAAGAAAUACUGAUCACAGCCUUGAAUUCACUUGAAACUGAUGGCGAUAAGAGUUGAAAUACUAUGUAAUCUCUUCAGAGGACUCUGUGACACCUAUCUACUACUUAAGCAUCACUGAAGGUGUGUGAUAGUCCCCAUUUGAAAUACUGUUGGAAUUCCUGCCUGUCAUUAUAUUUGUUUCAUUUACACCUGUUGUUUGUUAUGUUGAUAUUAACCAUGUGUAACAUUGACAGCGUUAGAAAUUGGCACUUGUCCUAUUGUCCUUGCCAAACUGCCCAAUAGUUAAGGUAUCACAAGGAUUAUAGUCCUCGCAACUUGAAAUAGAAUCACGAAAAAUCGAAAUGAUUAAUUAACGAAGAUAGCUACAUGUGUGCUAAUACUCAUUGAGUGAAAACAAGCCAUUCCACUGAUAAGAAAUAUUACUUACAGAAAUGACAAACAUUGCAGAGUGAGCUUUUCAAGAAGUAUCCAUUUUGCUGGCAAUAAACAUCAUCAUUGACUUUUGAUUACCAUCCUGGUAAGCUUAGGCAGUCAGGAGACAGUAUUUAGGGUAUAUUUAGGAGAGCAUGCAGUGUACGUUCAUUACCAGCAUUAACUGAAAGAACAUGACGUGCAGAUGUAGUAUUUAAAACACUAUUGACCAAGUUCACUGCGAAGUAUAACCACUAGUGGUCACCUGACCUGAUUCUUACCCGGAUUGUAAUCACAUGAUCAAAACUUAGUGAUGAUAUUUAUCGUUAGCAAAAUAGAUAUUUCUUGAAAAGCACUCUUUCCAAUUUUUGUGAUUACUGUAACUAAUAUUCCAUAUCAGCAGAAUGGCUUGUUUUCAUUUCGUCAUUAGUAGCAGACACCCAGCUGUCUUCAUUAAUUAAUCAUUGAGAUAUUUCAUGAUUUUACAUGUAUUUCAAGUGGCGCGACUACAGUAGGAAUUUGUCAUUUUUAAGGAGUUUGUUUUCUGUUAUCCUUUUAAGACUAUUGGACUAAACAUGUCAGCUUCUAUCGCUGCAUCGAUAUCAUUAGUCGUGUGAUAUUGUCCCAUAGCUGUGACUGUACUGUGGGACACAAUGUCCCAGCAUUAGAUGUGUGCCUGUGCAGGUCCUACAUGAGCAUAUAAUUAAUAGAGAGGCAGGAGUUGAUUCAUUACAUUGACCUGAUUUUAAGAUAACUAUACUUGUAAUUGAAGCUGUUCACAGUUUAAUCUCUUGAUAAAUGUUGCAUAAAGAAAUAUUACACAAAAUAUUUACUAAUUCUAUAAAUAAGACUAAAUCCAAAUUUAGCACAAAUUUGAAAAUGUUUUUUGUUGAUUUUAUCACACAGCAUAACAAUAUGAGUGCAAGUUGUCUCACUAAACAGCUUGACACUGUUAUUUAUCAUGCAAAUAACCACUGCUCUGUCAGUGGCUUCAAGAUAUUUGAAGACAAUUCUUUCAAGGUAAUUCAUGUUUCUUGUUUUCAAUUUUACAGGAUUAUCUUCACAGUAUAUUGCUAUAAAGUCAGCCUUAGUUUUUAGCUGAGCUACCAUAUCAUUUCCAAUUCAUAUCAGCAGAAAGUGGUAUAUGUAUUAUACAAAUGAAUGUGUAUUUAACAUUCUCAGUUUUAUGUUUCAUGUGUAAAUAGUAUUGUAAAUGUGUCAUGUUACUUGUUUUCUAGAUGAUUUUACACUUGAACACAGGCUUUAGUUAAUGGCACAAGAUGACAGAUGUAUGAUGUUAGCAACUUUAUCACCUGGAAUAGUGACAGGUGGAACACUUUCAACCACAUAUCUUUCUUUAAGUCUGAAGAGGAAAUAAGGAUUUUGUAGAGAUGAAUCCAGAAUUUUGGAAAAAGGAUGUGCACACAAGCAACAAAAAUAUGCGAUGUCAUGGAACAAAAUAACAACAAUGCACAUCCCUGCGGCCCCUGUGGGUCUGCCAGUGCUUUGCUAGAUGUUUCAUUUCGUUAAAGUUGGAAACACUAACAAUUACCCAAGUGAAAACCAACAUGCAUCAUUGUUUAGAAAUUUCUUUCACUGAAACAUAAACUUUUCUUUGGCAGUGAUACCUUCCAAUUCCAACAUCCAAUUCACAGAAUGCUAUAAUUCUGACAUUUCAUCUGAUCAUCCCCAAAACAGUUCCAUCUUUUCAUAAAUGUCAUGGUUAAUCCCACAAAGUAUAAUUUUGAUGACAUUACAUUUCAAUAUUAUGUGCUGCUACUAGCUGCUGAUCACCCAAAUGCAUAUCAGAAAUUGAAGUGGCUGUGAAAGAUAGUUUUAUUGCUGUAUUAUUUCAUCAUUAUCUUUCAAUGUAAGGUCACAAACAUCCUAAUACAAACCUAACUGAAAAAUAAGCUCUCAUGUAAUUGCAGUCAGUUUAUGGCACCUGUUCCACCUUCAAUUCCAGCACUUAUCAUAAUCAAUGACACUGAUGGUAUUCCCAGAUACAUAUUCAAUUAAUUCCACUUUUUGUGAUUCUUAUGUCAUGGGGAUUAUGUCAGAAAACUUCAAGGUUGCUAUCGAAAAGAAUUCUCAAAUGAAGGAGAAGGGGAAUUUUCUGUCAUAUUCUAUACUGAUGACCAUCAUUCUGAAUAUAUUUUAGAAGAAAUUAUCUAAAUGCCAUUUUGUUACGGAAAUAUUUGUUUCAGGAAACCUAUAUUGAAAGUUAAGACAAAUCCCCCAAAAUAAUUAAUAUCAAUGUUUGGAAUGAAUUAUUACAUAAAAUUCUCACUGUUUGCACUUCAUGAGGAAUUUUGAAAGAAAAGGUUACCAAUACCAAAGAUUUAAAAUUAUUACACUGAUAAUAGUGAUCACCCUUGUAUAUUUUUCUUUAAUUUUUUUCAUAUAGCCCCUGAAUCAAAUACUUGCCAUUAGAAUCUCACUCACUUUUAUGAUGCGUCAGUGGCAGACAUUUCUAUUUUCACAUUAUAUUCUACGUAAAACUUGUUUUAUGUUUGCUAUUGUGAUAAUGAUAGAUCAACAUUUUAUUGGUGUUUUGUUGCGUACUUCAGUGACCAUGUCAACAAGAGUAAUGUUGUGCUAGGGACCAGUGUAUUACAACACCCUUCUGUGCAGGUAUUGUCAUUCAAGUCCCGCCAUCAAUAUGUGAUUUAUUUUUUAAGUAGCAAAUUAUCUCAUCAUAUAUGCAGUUGUGAAAGCAUUUUCCGAUGAUGUUUGUCACAAAAUUUUAUUUUUUUUCAUGGUUUGAAGGUUGAAUGAACUUUGAAUUAUUUUCAGUUCAGGAUAUUUGCUGUAAUAUCUGUAGAAUGUUGCUUAGUUGUUAAGCUGUUAAUACAAAUUGUUCAUUGGUUUUUAGCUGUGUACAUUGCUGGUGGGUGUUCUGUCACGUCCGAGUUGUAAAGUGUGAUAUAUAUAUAUAUAUAUAUAUAUAUACAAAUAUAUAUAUGAAAAUAAAAUUGUUGAUCUUGUCUUA